AUGCCAGAGCUUCUCAGUGCCUACCAAGUCAGAGCCUGCUCACGUCGUGCCUGCCAAGCCAGAGCCUGCUCGGUGCCAGCCAAUCCAGACCCUGUUCAGUGCCUGCCAAGACAGAGUCUGCUCCGUGCCUGCCAUGUAAGAGCCUGCUCGGUGCCUGCCAAGCCUGAGCCUGCUCAGUGCCUGACAAGCCAAAGCCUGGUCCGUGCCUGCUAUGCCAGAACCUGCUCAGUGCCUGCCAUGAAAGAGCCAGGGCCUGCUCAGUGCCUGCUAAGCCAGAGUCUGCUCAAUGCCUACCAAGCCAGAGCUUCUCAGUGCCUACCAAACCAGAGCCUUUCCAAUGCCUGCCAAGCCAGAGCCUGCUCAGUGCCUGCCAAGCCAGAGCCUGUUCAGUGCCUGCCAAGCCAGAGCCUGUUCAGUGCCUGCCAAGCCAGAGCCUGUUCAGUGCCUGCCAAGCCAGAGCCUGCUCAGUGCCUGCCAAGACAGAGCCUGCUCCGUGCCUGCCAUGUAAGAGCCUGCUCCGUGCCUGCCAAGCCUGAGCCUGCUCAGUGCCUGACAAGCCAAAGCCUGGUCCGUGCCUGCUAUGCCAGAACCUGCUCAGUGCAUGCCAAGCCAGAGCCUGCUCAGUGUCUGCAAAGCCAGGGCCUGUGCCUGCCAGAGCCUGUCCAGUGGCUGCUUUGCCAAGCCAGAGCCUGUUCACGUCAUGCCUGCCAAGCCAGAGCCUGCGCACGUCGUGCCUGCCAAGCCAGAGCCUGCUCGGUGCUGGCCAAUCCAGACCCUGUUCAGUGCCUGCCAAGCCAGAGCCUGCUCAGUGCCUGCCAAGACAGAGCCUGCUCCGUGCCUGCCAAGCCUGAGCCUGCUCAGUGCCUGACAAGCCAAAGCCUGGUCCGUGCCUGCUAUGCCAGAACCUGCCCAUUGCCUGCCAAGCCAGAGCCAGCACAGUGCCUGCCAUGCCAGAGCCAGGGCCUGCUCAGUGCCUGUUAA